UAUAAAAUUAUAUUUUCACGGUUCAGAUUAAACUCUUCAAAGGUGGCGGAUGACUCAUAAAAAACUUGCCAAGUAGACCCGCCACAUGUCGACAUUCUCAUAAUCACCCCGAUUUUCGGAAUUUCUGCGUUCCGUUACAGACACUAGACAAUUACAUGAAUACACGGAAUCCCUGGCGAUGCAUCAGCAAACAAAAUCGCAAAUACAAUCUGAUUCCAGCAAAUAUGGGGGUGACACAGAUUCAAGCCACAAGAACUCGAGGUCCAGGGGACAACCAGUUCUGACCAGACAUCCAUGCCGCUGGAUCGGCUCUCGCCAUCCAUGUUCCCAACCAUUGCCACAGAUCGAUUCUAACGAGGUCACCACCAGCACGUUUUAACCGUUUUUGAUUUGGGGUUUCAUGCCAUUUUUGCCCAUACACCGUUGGAUCUCUAUCGACUGUUUUCAUCAUGACCUAAAUAUGGCGGGAGUCUGGAGUUUCAUAUUCCCCAAAAGUAGUUUGCUGUAUCAUUGUGAUGGAACAGAAGCCCCUUUGGAAUCCUCUAUUUUGCAACUGAGUAGCUUUAAUCUCAGUCGACUUGCUGAAACAAAGUUCAUGUUCUAUUUACUUGACCAACAUCACAGAUCAAUAUGUAGCAUUUAAGGUCUGAUGUUCUUGGUCAGUUCAUGCCUUUGGUCGGGAAGGAUUGGACUCAUUCUGGAAUUCCUUGACUUUUUUCGGCAAUAAAGGUAUUGUUGGGGU